AUGCUUUCACAACAAGUUACAUAUAUUCCUGUCGGAUGUGUUGGAGUUUCACAACACGAAAGCCAUGUCAGUGAAGAGGAUUGGUUGUCAAUAGAACACCGGACAUGGAGAAGUUUCUUACGGCAUAAUGAUCCUCUUAGCAAUGGCGGGCAUGUCGUCCCAUCUGAUACGCCGUACAUCAAUCAAGACCUACAGAAGUCGCUCCUCAAGUCUCCAAAGCUUUCACAAUUGGGCAAGUUAUUUUAUGCUCGCUGGUGCAAGCUCGAAUUUUGCGUCAGCACCUUGAGCGAACAGCUAGGAAUCGUCAGAGUAUACUUGCUCCCAGAUGAUGCUCUGCGCCGCUCGGUAGAUCGCUCUGAUCCAGGCUUGCAGAAGGCGAGGCUGCAGGUACUUCGCUCUCUCGAUUAUUCACCAUGUGCUUGGAAAGCUAUCAGGGAACCGGAUCAGUCAGGUCGCCCUAUCCUAGAAGAUCCCAGCUCCAUCGACAAUGAUAAGAAUGUCUCGCUCUUACAACUAUUCAACACAAUUCCCUCGCCUUGCCCAGACUUGAACGCUGUCGUUGAGCCAUACACACAGGAUGCAAUGUAUAAUCUCAUGGAAAGCAAGGUACCAGGACUCAAAACUGAGUUGUAUCCCCACCAAAGGAGAUCCGCAGCUUUGAUGCUACAGAAGGAGACACAACCCGGUCAGAUACUUGACCCUCGACUGCUACAUCUAAGAGACACAAGCGGCUCCCAUUGGUAUAUGGAUCCAGUAACAGGUGUGGUCCUUCUGGGGCCACAAUAUUAUGAUGGAGUUUCUGGGGGGAUUCUAGCCGAACAGAUGGGAUCAGGCAAGACGGCCAUUUGUCUUGCGCUGAUACUUGCGACGAAGCAUUUACCUACAAGCCCCCCUGACUUUUACAAAGCGGGUGAACCGCCAGUCAGAUCAAGGAUCGCAUCUCUCGCCGAUAUGGCAGCGUCAUGUGCCACACGCCAUGCCGUUCCCUGGAAAUCCCAUUUCGAGGCGUGGAAAAAUCAGCACGGUUAUGAAUUCAGCCACUGCAACGACGUUCUUUCAAGAAAUUGCGGUUACUAUUUUCUCCCUGCUCCAGAGCCCCGUCGCGUUGGACGAAAUAAAACUCCAUGCCAUAUGCCACCCAAGCAGAUCCAUCUGAGUUCGGCAUCUGUAGUUAUCGUUCCUAACAACCUCGUUGCACAAUGGAAACAAGAGAUUCACAAACACACCGAAGGGCUCAAGGUACUGAUUCUAGGAAGGAAGGAUGAAACUCCAUCACUUGAAGAUAUCGUGAUGUGUGAUAUCCUCCUCUUUUCUCAGACAAGAUUUGAGAUGGUUCACAAACAGUUUGCUGGCGUCGACGGCUCCAUCUUCUCAUCCAUCCACUUCAAGCGAUGCAUCGUAGAUGAAGGACACAAACUUGGCAACUCAAAAAUGAGAAACAGAAGCAAUCUCUUGAUUGGUUUGGAUUCAAUGCAUUUCUCCUCUCGAUGGAUUGUCACUGGAACUCCCUCUCACGGCUUAUAUGGAGUGGAACAGUCCAAAUCCGCCGCAACACACGCUCACACUCCGAAUGGCCAACUUCCGGCUUCUGAUAAUAAUACGAAUCAAACCAACAAAUCUUCGACUGAUGAAAAGAAUGAUCUCGAGCGGAUUGGAGCUAUUGCCGCUAUGUAUUUGAAAGCUCGGCCCUGGGCGAACACGAUAAUUGAAAGUGGCGAUACACUGGCUGACUGGAGCACCUAUUUAAUGCUCCCAAAGCACAGCCCUAGAAGUCAGGGUCGAUGGAAUUGUUUGGAAUCUACACUCAACUCACUCAUUAUCCGCCAUCGUAUAUCAGAGAUUGGCACCCUUUUGCCGUCUGUGAACGAGAAAGUUAUUGUUCUUGACGGUUCGUAUCAGGACCAGCUGUCGCUCAACUUGUUUUCUAUGAUGAUAGUAUUCAACUCUGUCCAGUCGCAGCGGGAAGACAUGGAUUACUUUUUCCACCAGAAGCAAAGAAAAGCACUGAUACAAAUUGUACAAAAUUUGAAGCAGGCGAGCUUUUUUGGAGGAUCUUUCUUUACUGUUGAUGAAAUCGCCAAGUCUGUGGAAACCGCCGAGAAAUUCUUGGUGGAGCGGAAGGUUCCUAUCAGUCCCGAAGAUGAGUCGCUACUUCAAGAAGCCAUUCAGUUUGGCAAUUCGGUAAUGAGAAAUAAUCUAAGAACUCUAACGAACCAAUUCCACGAAAUGGCCGUGGCGGUUACGGGGUUUCCUGGUAACGCUGGUGAAUCUUGGUCCCUUGAUGGCGCAUCUGCAGAGAACGGCAUAUGUACUUCUACAAGCAUGUUGUUAUCCCUUCAGAAGCUAAUUUACAAUGCGGCUAGAAGUGAGGAGAAGCUAAACUCUCUUUUGAAUGGCGAAUUGAUCUCAGAAGGCACACUCGAACGCACCAAAUUGCUAAACGCCGCAGCUCCUGAGAAAGGUUCCAAGUCAAAGGAGAAAUCUUCAGAGACACUUGCUGGUAAUACUAAAUUGGGCGAUGAUAGCCCGAAGAAGGCACGAUCUCAUGGUGUUAAUGGGAUUGAACCAAGGACGCUCGCUGCCGAAAGCUUUGCUGCUCCUCUUGAGCAGACGAAAAUAACGGCGACUGUAUCCGCAAAACUCUCGUACUUGAUUGACAAUUUGGUCAAGUAUCAGGAAGAGGAGAAGAUAAUCGUCUUCUACGAGAAUGAAAACGUAGCAUGGUACUUAGCUAGCAUGCUUGAUGUGGCAGCGUUUGGUCUUGAUAUGCGAGAGGCGUCUCGAAUCUACUUUAUCAACCCGGUGUUGAAUCCUCAGGUCGAAGCACAGGCAAUAGGUCGUGCCCGACGAAUCAGUCAGAAGAAACCAGUCUGGGUUGAAACCCUUGUGCUAAAGAAUAGCUUGGAUGAAGUCAUCCUUGAGCGCAAGGGACAAAUGACUCAGGCAGAACAUCGCCAUAUUAAAUCCAUUCUGGAUGUGCGUCCGAUCUUCAAUUGGAUCAAGAACACUAGGAUUAGCCCAAUGGCCUCAAACAACGACAACUACACCUCACAAAUGGCUAUGCUUCAUACUGCACAGGCCGUAUUUGGUCGAGGUUUCGGAGUCACAAGCCACCCAGACGAUGAUAUCAUUUUAGAUGAGAACCGCACGCCGAACAAGAUAUUGCCGGUGCAUCAGAAGAAGAGGCCAUAUGAGGCUGGUCCAGGAAGCGAAGGAAAGAUGGCGGAUGAAAGUGCGGCGAUAUCCAAGCAAGAGGUGAUGUCUCAGCCAGCUAGGCGAGUUCGCUUUGCCGUUGACUGGAUUUGA